AUGCGAACCGAAGAUGAAAAAUUCAACGCUCUGCUCGGACGGCUACGUCGAGGCCGAGGCACAGAUGCAGAUUAUGAAUUACUACUAACUCGUGUUGUUGGUGGAGGUGAAGUUGAAUCAUUAAAUACGAUCGACUGGAAACAAGCACCAAUGUUAGUUUUCGGCAACGAGUUACGAACGCAGCUAAAUAACCUUGCUGCCACCUCCCGAUCAUUAGAAAUCAACGAAGCCGUAGUUAUAUGUCCAAGUGUUGAUACAAUUAAAUCCAAUUUAAUCGACAGCCCUAUCUUGCACAAAUUCGUACAAGCGUUACCCGACAACAAACCCGGUGAUCUUCCUAGUAUUUUACCGUUAGUCAAAGGAAUGCCGGUGUUAUUGACUGAUAACAUAGCAACAGAGCUCGGUUUAUCAAAUGGAUCAUCCGGAACAUUUCAUUCACUUGUUUACACAGAACCUAGAGAUGGCGAAGACAAAACAAUCAACGAAAGGCAACCAUCAUCAUCCGUAGAUCCAGCACAAGCGGAGCUAUUUCCUCCUUCAAAUACCGUCACUCUGAAAUAUCACUCUGAAAUAUCCAUAUGCUCUAAUUGA